AUGUUAUGGGACCUCGGCCAGCACUUGGAGGCUUCGCGGAUGAUGAGAGAUGUCGUGGAGAUCAGCAAACGGGUAUUUGACAAGGACCAUCCCCAGCGCAAAAAUUCCGAGGGCUGGUUGGAUUCUUUUGAGAAGAAAAUGCCACAGCUGAGACUGAUUGACUCCCAGAAGCAAGCCAACCAACUUCGAAAAGAAUAG